AUGGAGAGCAAAUGGAGGGUGAUCUUUUCAACGUUGCUAGUUGUCAGUUUGUGCAUCACUGAUUGCGCGAAACAAAGCCUAGCGGCGGAAGGGCAACAACCGCAGCAACUUCCCGGUUUACCUGAACUCUUCCCGCCCGGCGUUCCCGGUUUCCCUGGACUUUUCCCGCCCGGUUUACCCGGUUUUCCGGAUUUGACAAAAUGCGGGUCGACGUUGUUCAACAUUCCGGGAUGCUUGCUGCAAAUAUCAACGUCAAUUUUCACUGGGCAGUUUGGAAACGUGGGAAUUCCAUGUUGCAAGGAACUUUUGGAUUUAAGUGAAAAUUGUUUACCAUCCAUUUUUCCUUUAAAUCCGUUUGUUCCCCUUCUCAAAAGUAGUUGUUCCAAGGCUGUGGCGGCUCCUCCUGCAUCAAAGUAG